ACCUAGGCAGUAACACUUUCAGUGCGAGGGGGGACGACACACCGGCGCUCCAUGGGCAGGUCUCUGUGAAGCGCAGCCUACCUGUUGGAGCUCAUUGCGGGAGACUGCCGUGCCGGACCCACGCUGAUCGUGGAUCUGCGGGAAACCCACUGCACUUGCGAGGCGUGAACAGCCCAAACAUGUCUCCCAGGCUAUUGCUCUGCGCUGUUUUGGCUGCGUACCACGGGACGCAAAUCGGCAGUGGAUUUAACAUAGAUGAACGGUUUCCUGUGAUCAAAGAGGGGAAAACCAAAGGGAGCUUCUUUGGAUUCUCAGUAGCUGUGCAUCAACAGACGGAGGGCGCCACAAAGUACCUGCUUCUUGCAGGAGCACCAAAAGAGAAAGCCGAAUCUCUACAAAAUGUCAAUGAAACAGGCGCCGUCUACUCCUGUCCCAUUACAACAGAUACGGCCGACUGCUCCAGAAUGGACCUGGUCAGCACAACAAAUCCAUCUGAGAUGGUGGAGGGCAUGUGGCUGGGUGUGACAGUGGCCAGUCAGAGAGACCAGCCGGCGGGACGCGUGCUGGCAUGCGGGCAUCGCUAUGUGAAGAUCAUCCAAGGUGGCCCAGAGGAGCAGCGGCGGAUGAUAGGAAAGUGCUUUGUCAGGAGCAACGACCUUACCUUUGACCCAAAUGAUGAAUGGCAGACUUAUAGUUAUGAGGUCUGCAACCCCAACUUCGACAUGGAGCUUGAGGGCCUGUGCAACAUGGGCAUGUCAGGCGGCAUGACAGAUAAUGAUGUCUACAUCGGCGCUCCAGGCAGCUUCAUGUGGCAAGGAAAUGUUCAUGUAACGUGGAGAGAUCCAGAUCCAGCGAAUGCCUGGGACUCUAUAGGCAAAGACUUUGGACAGCAGAAUAGACGAUACAGUUAUAUGGGUUACUCAGUUGUUGAGGAGAGGAAGCUGCUGAGCCAUGAUGACUACACAGUGGUGACAGGGUCUCCCAGGGAUGAUUCCAAGGGCUCAGUGAUAUUCGGGAGUAAGACUGACAAAAACAUCAAAUUGGUGCUCACUCUCCCCGGGGAACAAGUGGGCUCGUACUUUGGGAACAGCCUGGCUGUCGCUGACCUCAACAAUGACGACUGGAACGACCUGAUCGUGGGCGCCCCAUUUUACUUUGACCGUAUGAAGGAUGAGGGAGGAGCAGUGUAUAUCUUCAUGAAUGAAAAUGGAUCGUUCCAAAACACGGCAAGCGUGGUGCUGAAGGGUCCAUCGGCCUCUGGAUUUGGCUUUGCAGUGGCUGCCAUAGGCGAUGUUAACCAAGACGGAUUCCAAGGUAUGACAUUUGUUUUACAUUGACACGAUAUGAACAAAAUAAAGUAAAUGCCUCAUGGAAAAGUGAUUGAGGGUAAGUCAGUGGGAAAUGGAGGAUUCAACACGUUUGGCUACUCAAUCAAUGGAGGGAUGGACAUGGAUGGCAACAGUUACCCUGACAUCUUAGUUGGCUCUCUGGAUGACCGCAUGGCCCUGCUCAGGGCUCGACCAGUCAUCCACUUAACUAAGGACUUCACUGUCGAGCCAAAGAUUGUGGACCCCAAUCAGUGUCUUGGAAAUACACCAUGCAUCACAGUGACACUGUGUAUGUCUUUCACUCUAAGCAAUGGAAACAAGGACUUCAAGAAAAAUGCCACGGUGAAGUACACAGUGAAAGCCGACGUGGACAGGAGAAGCCCUCGUGUUCGUUUUGAGGACAAUGAUGACACAAAUAUUGGCUUCUUGAGCAUGCCAUCUUCCAAAUCCAUUUGCCAUACUCUGAAACUGAUUGUAAUGGUGCCUGUGAGAGACAAACUGGAGCCGGUGGUCUUUUCCUUCAGCAUGUCCUUAGAUGAACCAAAACCUAAAUCAGGACGUUCCCUGCAGAAUCUAGACUCUUUCCCAAUUAUCAGCCAGGAGCAGAAACUCACUCAAAGAGCCGAGAUUAACUUUCAGAGGGAGUGUGGCUUAGACAACAAAUGUAGCAGUAACCUGCAGCUGACAGCCCAAUUUGUUGACAACGAGGGAAAGCCUUACCUAAGGCAUGGCGAAUCGCAGAUACUCCCGUUCAACAGCAGUGUAAAGAAAAUAGGACUGAUGGUGGAGGUGACCAACUUUCCUGGUCAGGGAAAGCUAGGUGAAGACGCCCACCAGGCCAUGCUCAACGUCACCAUCCCUGACGCACUGAGUUACUCUGCGGUCCUGUCUGAGGAUCAUAAUGUACAAUGCCGUCUGACCGACACAGUGAUUUGUGACCUGGGGAAUCCACUUAAAGGCAAUGGAAAGGUAACACUUUUUCUCAAGUUUGAGACCCCAGGGAUCAAUUUGUACACACAAGAGAUUGAGGCCCAGCUGCUUCUGUCCACUCUUAGUGAGCAGAGUGACCUGAAGCCUGUACCUCUGAGUCUGCUGAUUGAAAACACCAUCACCCCCUCCUUCACCAUAGCGAACCCGCGGGUGGAAACAGAAUUCAGUGGGACGGUGAUGGGCAUGUCAGCCAUGGUCAACACCAGUGACGUGGGCAGCCUGGUCGAGUUCACCUUCGAUGUGAACAUGGGGGGACAGCCCCUGGGACACAUGGGGACCCUGGCUGUGGAGUUUGAGUGGCCCUUUGAGGUAGCCAAUGGCAAGUGGCUGCUGUACCUGACGAAGAUUGUUGUUAAAGGGGAAUCUGAGGUGGAAUGUAAACCUCCUGGAGAAGUUGUCAACAUGCUUAACCUAACUUUGUCAGGGAGCGACCGAAAGCGUACUAAACGACAGAUCACAGAUGAUGAUACGACAAAGCCACAUAGUACUGAGCCACAGGCAGCCAUCAAGCUGCUCACUCCUCGCAAAGAGACCUACCUGUUGGAAUGCCCCAAAGGGACAGCACGUUGUGUGACGUUUACCUGCCCGCUGGUCAACAUGACCGAUUCAGCCAAGAUUUAUGUCCGCUCCCGUUUGUGGAACAGUACGAUGCUAGAGGACUAUUCCAACGCUCUGAGAAUUACGGUCAAAGGUCAAGCCACACUGAAGCUCAUUAAAAACAAACCAAACAUCAAGAUGGCCAGACAGACCAGCACGUUCACAGUAGAAAUAGAACCACUGGAGGGGGUGGAGGCACCCUAUGAGCUCCCGCUGUGGAUCAUCAUCUCUGCAGCUAUAGCGGGAAUUGUCCUACUGGGAAUAAUCAUUCUUAUAUUAUGGAAGCUUGGAUUCUUCAAGCGUGCCAUCUACUACCGGAUAAUGCCAAAGCACCAGGGGGUGAGAAUUCGCAAGGCUGAGCGGUAUCAGUUCAAUCUGGGAUUUCAGCCUGAGGAGCCACAGAAAAAGUAUUGGAUCACCAACUGGACAGAGAUGCAGCAUUACUACUACUGAGGCCUUUACCUUGGCCCCUGAACCACUCACUGUCACACUGGUUUGACACAGGCCAAACAAAGAACAUUGGGCUCAGUCGAGCCACGUGCAUGGACCAAUUGUGGAUAUUGCAUUCCAUUUUUUUUAAUUUUUUUUUUACUUAUGUAGAUUUCAACUUUUUCAGUGCAAUAGACUGAACCAUUUGUUUCAGAGAUUGUAAUUUGUUCUGUAUUUUUGAUGAAUGCAGUGUUGGAAUCUGGGUUGCAUUCAAGAGUAAAUUGUUUUGAUUAUGACGUUUGCAUGUAUCUUUUUUUUUUCUUUUUUUUUUUUAAAUCCUCCAAGCAGAGUUGGCUGGUCAAUAAUCAUCUUUAUUUCCACCAUGUCUGUGUUUUCCUCUCUAAUAAGAGGAGUGAGUCUAUUGAUAAUUUCCGUGAUUGUGCAUUUCCUGCUCUGCCCCCAGUCAUCACUUUGUGGUCAGCCGUUGUAGACUAUGUAAGGGUUUUAAACCUACAUCAGUUGUUUAGGAGAUCGUUUUUGAACUGCACUUAGAAUAUGUUGACCAGCAUCCACUCUGUUAUGAGAGACUUUAUGUGAAUGUCCAUGUCAGUGUUUGGCAAGGUUUAUGUAGACUCGCAUCUCAAAUAGUUGUGGCACUGACCUCCAAAAAGUGACAUAGAAAAUGAUUUCACUGGUUUAAGGGAAUAAAUACCCAGAGGUACGGAGGAAAAAUAGCCACUUAUUGGUGAAUAAUACAUUUUAUAGCCCAGCUGGACAUGUUUUAAUUAAAUUUCAGGGCAAGAGUCAUUGAAGCACCCCUGCAACAAGUUGAAAAGCAAUAGCUUCUUGUCUGUAUGUAGAGUUAGAAAACAUAUGUUGAUGAGAUCAUGUGAGCACACUUGAUUAUUAUUUAUUACACUGUCUUGUGUUAUUAAAGUAAAGAACCUAUCUUUUGAAAAAAAAUAUCACAAACGGAGUCAUGACACUGGAGUAAAUAAUACAUGAUGUUAUAUGUGUCUGGAGACUGUAAACUCUAGCAUAGAUAGUUCUAAAUUGUAUAUAGUGACAAGGUAAAGUGAAUUGACUUAUUUGAAAGAAUGGCCUUUGUUGUUGCUCUGUCCCUAAGCUUUGUACUUUUGUAUGCUGGCACUUGGAUUGUUUCCAAGCCAUUGUGGCUCCCAUUGAGGUCAACCUGCAGCACUGAAAACAGACUGGACCAGGAGAAGGUGGUCACUGAACACAACUGUGAUGGGACUAAGUGUUGCAUUACCACUCUAGUCUGUGUUACCUGAGAGCCCACAGGUUGUGACUGUGGCGGUUACAGAGGCUGCAUUGACUCUGCGAGCAAAGACGGAAGGGCUGAAACCAAUGCACAAACUCUGUUCUCUGUCGUGGUGGUGUUUUUUAUUGUGCGGUUUCAAUGUAAUUAAAUAGUUUUUAACAACUUUAGCAUUUUAAUUGCUAUCGUAAUUGUUGUGUUUUCUAUAAUAUCUUGAUUAAACACAGGCAGAAUACA